UCUCUCUCUCUCUCUCUCUCUCUCUAAGCCUUCAACGGCUUUUUUUCUCUCACUAUAAAGGCCCGUAAUCGGAACCCUAACUUUCUCGGGUUUUCUCGAGAAAAUGACGAUCCACCUAGAGAGUUCUCAAAUUUGAGCCCCACAAAGCUAGUUUUCCAAAAUACAUACCAAAAAAAUAAAAAAAUUAAAUAAAAAAUUCGAAACUCAUAAUUUUUUAAAAAUAAAAAUAAAAAUGACGGAGCUCGAUUUCUCAAAGAAAGUUGCCGAUAGGUAUCUGAAGCGCGAAGUUCUCGGAGAAGGUACCUAUGGAGUCGUCUUCAAAGCCAUUGAUACUAAGACAGGACAGACAGUUGCAAUUAAAAAGAUUCGGCUUGGGAAGCAAAAGGAAGGGGUAAAUUUUACGGCGCUUCGAGAAAUUAAACUUCUUAAAGAGCUCAAAGAUCCGAAUAUAAUUGAGUUAAUCGAUGCAUUCCCUCACAAGGGUAAUUUGCAUCUUGUGUUUGAGUUCAUGGAGACAGACCUCGAAGCUGUUAUCCGUGACCGGAAUAUAUUUCUAUCUCCAGCUGACAUAAAAUCAUACCUUCAAAUGACACUCAAAGGACUUGCUAUUUGCCACAAGAAAUGGGUUUUACAUAGGGAUAUGAAACCAAACAACUUGUUGAUAGGAUCUAAUGGACAGCUCAAACUUGCAGAUUUUGGUUUAGCACGAAUAUUUGGGAGCCCAGAUCGCAAGUUUACUCACCAGGUCUUUGCGCGAUGGUAUAGAGCACCUGAGCUGUUGUUUGGUACCAAGCAAUAUGGCUCUGGGGUGGAUGUUUGGGCUGCAGCAUGCAUAUUUGCUGAACUUCUCCUGCGUCGACCUUUUCUGCAGGGUUCAAGUGACAUUGAUCAAUUGGGAAAAAUCUUUGCUGCAUUUGGGACUCCAACACCUUCUCAGUGGCCUGAUAUGGUCUACCUUCCUGAUUAUGUGGAGUAUCAAUACGUUCCUUCUCCCACUUUACGGUCACUCUUUCCAAUGGCUAGUGAUGAUGCCCUAGAUCUGUUAUCAAAGAUGUUUACUUAUGAUCCUAAAUCUAGAAUAUCUGUGCAGCAGGCAUUAGAGCAUCGGUACUUUUCAUCUGCGCCUCCACCUACAAACCCAGAUAAACUCCCUAGACCUGCACCUAAGAGGGAAUCUAGGGCCUCAGAUUCACAUGAUGGCCCUACUGUCUUAUCACCUCCAAGAAAGUCCAGGCGAGUGAUGCCAGAACGUGAUGGUUUUGAGGGAAAUGCAUACCAAGUAGGUAAGGUUGAUGAUCAUGUUGGUGAAAUGAGACAGGCAGCUGGUGAAAAUACAAGCAGGAAUGAACCAGUACCAAUGUCAAUAGAUUUUUCUAUCUUUGGAGCAAAACCUCCAAAUAGACCUACCAUUAACAGUGCUGACAGGACACAUUUGAAAAGGAAAUUAGAUCUUGAAUUCCAACACCCUGAGUAAGAACAUUUUAUAUCAAGUAUGCUCAAAUCCUGAUUUGGUCAUUGUCUACUUAUUGAUGGGCUAGCAUUUACGAGGAUUGAAGUUUUGGUGGUCAAAAAUAACUGUUGAAGGAGAAAAAGGAGAUGGCAUGAAAUAGUGGCUUCCUUGUCACUUUUAAAGGGAAUUUGUACUAUAGUUCAUGGAAGACCAAAAUUUUGGAGGAAAUAUAUUUUUUUAUAAAUAUAUUAUUUUACUAUAGUUGAUGCUUGAGAAUGGUAGAAUUAUGGUUUGAGGCAAUUCAGAAAAAAACAUUAAUUUGAGUGUACUUUGUAUUUCACUAGACGAGGAAAGUGUGAUAACCAAAUUUACAGUUAAUUGUUUCAUGAAUAAGUUGUGAGAACCUCUAGAAAUAUUUUCCAUGGCAAGGUGGAAUCUUCUACGUA